GCCAGCGCGAGUUGCCCGCAUCCGCAGCAACGCACACGACGGUGAUCAAAUUUGCUUUCUUUUUUUCUUUUGGGUAGCACAAGACAUUGGGGUGUCGGUCCGGAAUAGAAGAGUUCUACCAGUACUAGGUUGAGACGAAAUCAAGCAGACGAGUGGAUUAGUUCGGGUUCAUCUUCGAGUGGAUUAACUCAGUAGUUUUGGUUUUACACGAUUCGCGCGAAAUGAGGUGGAAAAACUAAACCUGCGUUCAGGGGAAGUGCUGGAGCGCCUGUUGGAUGGCGGUAAGAGCUUCGAAAUCUGCGUGCAAUGGAAAGUGUGCGAGAAAUGUAAAUUGAUACUAUUUCUGACGGCACAGGGUUGGGUGGAUAUUUUCGAAUGCUUUUCCCGGCCGUUUGAUACUUGAGAAUGUAAACCGUGUAUGUGUUCGUGUGUGUCUACUGAAAGGAAAAUGUGUAUACAACGGAGCGAUAUGGGGAUGCGAUAGGGUAGCAAUCUUCAACUUAAUUAACGAGAAAGUGUUGAAAGAAUAGUGAAACAAAAUCGAGUGUAAAGAUAAGAGCGAAUUUCUGCCCAGGUUGAAAGUUCAUAUAAUCAAGGAAAUUAGAAGCAAAAGGAUCCGAGCAAAGGAAUCCCGACAAAUAAGUCUGGGCGGAUUGAAAGAAGAAAAAAAAAACGAGCGCUUGGAAAAUCUCGACUCCCCUGCGCUCUCAGUGGCUUCUCGUCACACGUUGGCACACAGACCGUACACACCAAUGUGCAAUCCAACCAACGACGGCGAGGUGCUUCAAUCAAGUGUGUGAGUGUGUGUGUGUGGGUGGAAGGAUCUUCUUUCUAUUACACACAGUCCUUCUUACACAGGCUCCUUUGCUCGAGUUUUUCCCAUUUCCUGCCCGUCUGUCUCGUGUCGGAUCCAUAUUUCCACGUGUUUGUGGGGUGUUGUAUGUGCUAGAGCUGUAAGCUCGGUUCUUCCUAGCUUCAAAUACUACUUGUGCCACCGCUGCUGCUGCCGCUCGUCGUCGUACAAAUAAAGCAUAGAUUGAAAGCCUUGUGAUUCCGUGCUCGUAUUCGCACAUUUGGAUUGGCUGCUGGUUCAGUUCGGUUGCAUCGAGAGACAGCGAUAACGAUGAACCCAAAAAGUGGACCCUUACGAUGCUCUUGAGCAUUGGACGCUGCUGUUGGAACCGAAGCGAGACGGAUAAUAAUCAAUAUCCAUCAAUCCAUCAUCAUCGACCACCAUCAAGCAAGAAAACAUCAUCAACACGUGAAAGCUCAAAUCAAUACUCACACACAAAAACCAACAAACACAAAAACAUACCACACCAAAAAUCAAAAACUUCACAACGCUUGAUGGAGCCCAACGAACAGCGGUAGUGGAAUUAAAGAAUAACUUUCCAUAGCCAUUAGCUGAGCUUCCUCAUUUAAAAAGUUAACACAUACGUGGCGUCGUUCCUUUCGUAUUCCUGCGUUAACAGCAGCAGUAUAGCACAGUUGAACCGUUUCUCCGUAGAAAGAUAAUUAAACUCCCUGAAAUACGGUAGGAAUAGGUUGAAGCGCAUCCAACAAUUCAGUCAAUGCGAAAAUGGCAACCCCACCGGACAGUCCCAUCGAGGAGGUCGUGUACGAACUGGAGCCCACCCGGGCGCCCAAACCUGUUCCCGUUGCCCUCGAGGACCUCUGUAAGCUAACAAAGUUCACCCGCCAGGAGAUACGAGUCAUGUAUCGGGGAUUCAAAACGGAAUGCCCUGACGGUGUAGUGAACGAAGAUAGUUUUAAGGACAUUUAUGCGAAGUUUUUCCCUCAUGGAAAUUCCAGCCUUUAUGCACACUAUGUGUUCAAAGCGUUCGAUGUUAAUUGUAACGGAAACAUUACCUUUCGGGAUCUGCUAGUAACCCUAUCAACGCUCCUGCGGGGCUCCGUAUACGAACGGUUACGAUGGACGUUCCGUCUGUACGACAUCAACAACGAUGGCUGCAUCAGCCGGGGCGAGCUGGGUGAAAUAAUCUUGUCAGUGCACGAACUAAUGGGCCGGAGGCCCAACCAUCCGGACGACGAAGUGAAGGCCCAGGAACAGGUGGAUCGAGUCUUCCGAAAGCUGGACCUCAACCAGGACGGUGUCAUCACGAUCGAAGAGUUCCUGGAGGCCUGCCUGAAGGAUGACGUCGUUACUAAAUCGCUACAAAUGUUCGACACCUGCCUUUGAUGACCGUCUACCGACAGCGUGUUUGCUGCCUCGAAGAAGGCCGCCGACCUGGACCGUUUCGCUCUGAUACAUCUGUAAGCGGAAAGGGACAGCAAGUUGGCAGUUGGAUGGAAGGAUGGAAGGGAUGGAAUGGAACGGACGGUGCACCCCGACUCAGCAUAACACAAGCUGACGGAAGUGCUCUCAACGGAAGGUACUCGCUCAAAUGUGGUUCAACGGUUCUCGUUAAGUUUUAAGAUGGUGAUAAGGUUUAAAUUCAUAGUGAUGCUUCUUUAAGUUAACUUUUUUUUUUCUCCACACGGCAUUUGCAUAUUUAUCAAAAAUGGAUGCAGUUUAAUCAUUUUCGAAGAAAAUACUGCAUUGAUAUAUGUGUAAAAUGAGUUAAAUGUUUCCCAAAAAUGAAAAAAAAAAUAAAACUGUGUAAGUCAAGUAUUUUUUUCGAAAAUGGUUAAACUUCAAAACAUUGAAUUGCAUUGGAUUAUUUAAAAAAAAAAGAUACCGACCGUUUCUAGGCACAACGUGAAAUAGUUUAAAUAUGAUAUGGAUUAUUGAAAAAAAAAAUAAUUAAGUUCGAAACAAUUUACUGUUUGUAAAAGGAAGCAUUCUUUUUGACUGUGUGCAAUAUAUUUUCCCUGAAAACGAGAAAAAAUGAAAACUACAAGAAAAACAAUAUGUGAAUCAUGCAAGGAAUAUAAGUUUUAGAAUUUCAUAUCAUGUUCCAUACCAAUCAAAGCAAUAUUAUGUUAUAAACAAAUAAUGUAAUAUUGUAGACAAAAUAUUCAUACAUAAUUUGGUAGGUUGUUUUUGUGAUAUAACAUAUUUUGAUUUAAUUUUUUUAUAAGACAAGUAAAUAGUAACUAAAGUAUUAAAAUUGCCAUGUAAUAGUCAUUGGGAGAAGACAGAAGAAAACAGAUAUUGAAUUAGUAUUAGGAGCAGUUAAAAGUCUAGAUACUAAGGGGGAAAAAACGUACGAGCUAAGCUUAUAGAAGUGGUUAAUCGAAUUGGAGACCAGAGAAGAAAGUUUGUCUUUGACUGGAGGAUAUUUUAAAUAGAAUAUAAAGCAAACUGCAAAAAGUAAACUUUAACAGAACAACGGAAUUUUACUACUUUAUUUUCGAAACUAGAAAAUAUAUUCGUAGCGACACAGGCGUUAGUUGACAAUAGACAAUCGUUUUGACAAAAAAAAACUAGCUUCGAACCGUUAGGCAGACGGUUAGUAAAUGCAAUCUAGGUGAGAGAAGUAGAAUUAAAUGAUCGGCAGUUUAGAAAUUCGCUUCCACUAUGAACGAACAACAAACAUGACAACAUCGCCAACAACUGGUUAGUGGUAUUAUUUUUAAGACUAUAGUUCAAAAUGCAAUCCAACAUGAUUUGCAAAUAUCAAUCUUAUUCUUCUUUAUAUUCUUCAAUGUCAUUUUAGCACCAACCGAAGUUUGAAAACCGAUUUCUAGCAAUCAGUUUAUGUUAAUUUCACCACCAUUCAAGGUUUAAGGAAAGCAAAACAAACACCAAUUACAUAAGUUUACUAGCAAAACGAAGAAAACCCAUUUGUGAGCUCUACUGGUAGUAACAUAGUAUGAGUGCUCAAAUUUGUUACCCAAACCUAUAUCGUAAAUCGCAAACGUUAAACAAGUGGACUUCAAAGAAUGUGUGUUAAACAAAGUUCUAUCUGUGCAUUUAAUAACCUAUGGUAAGUGGAUCCCGGCAAGUGGAUUCCAAAUAUGCGCGGAUGUUUUAUCGGUGUGUGUGUUUUUCAGCAAAGUAUCAUUAUUAUUAUUAUUAUCUACACAAACUAGCACGAUGAAACGAAUCAAUGCAAAGCAUCAUCUUCUGAUCUGUAUGUUAAAAGUUGGAGGCAAGCGCUACUAGCAGGCAAAUUAAUCUUUUCAUUAGUCCAUAAACCACCGCUUGUAGGCGAAAGUAUUUCUUACCAAAUAGCAGUGGCUUCUCGAAUGGAAAAAAAAUAAAUAAAUUAAAAACAAAAACCAGCAAAUCAAACGUAAAAAUUAAGUGUUACACCAGAAAGUUAAACAAAAUACUACUACCACAUUGAUGUAGGAAUAGUAGCGCGCCCAGCAACAAAGCCAUAAUAUUCGUGAAUGAAAACAACCACAACAACAACACAAUCCAUACACAUUCCAAUUGUCAAUGUCAUUCGCUUUACACGAGAAGAAAAAAAAAAUUUAUGUAAGUAAUUUGAAGUUGGGAAUGUCCUUCUUGGAGAGUCUUCACUCUAAAGAGCCACGCACAAUGGAUCCGUUUGCGUUGCGCUGACGUAAAUUUGACAGUUAACCCAUGGAUUAACUGUCAAAU